AGCCCGUGGGCUCAGUUUUGCACAAUUUUCCCAUCGGCUGUCCGGCCAAAGAUCGAUCAGAGCUGAUCGCGCCGACCCAAUGGGGCCGAUCAGAUGCGCAAUUGCUGCGCAGGGGACCAGAGGAGAUUUUCAGCCAGUUCUUGCACUAGGUCUUGGUUUGGUCCGAGCAGGACACACCGUGAAAUUCUUUUGCAAUCCUGGACAUGUCCAGAUGGCCACCGAGUUCGGACUCGACGCGGAGGUUUGCGCCAUCGACAUCAAGGAUUUUCUCUCCACAGAGCGGGGCUUGCGGGCCAUGGAGAAAGGUGACAUCGUCAUGGUCAUGACCAACCAGGAGUUUGAUGACGAAGUUGACGGAAUGUCUACUGACUGGGGAGAAAUUUUCAAGAAGUCAUGCUCGGAGUUCAAACCCGAUUUGCUGAUAUGGACGAGCCUCAUGGGCGGCGAGGUUUCCGUAUUUAAGCAGCUUUGCCCGGACGUGCCUGACAUGCUCGCUGCCUAUCAGCCUCAUUGUGUCGCAACCAACCAUAUUCAGUCGAUCAACAUGCAACGCCUGGAACUGGAGCCGGGCCAGCCCCUGCUCUUUACGUGGGUGCUGGAGUCACAAAGUGCCGCAGUGGGCAUGUUCCAAGCCUGCCAGGAGCAGCUGAAGAAAGGCGAAGAGCCUUACAUCAUGCACACCCCGCAAGUCGUCUAUGAAGGUACCUUCAACCUGGAGGAGCAACCCACACCCAAACUCAUGGCCUACAGCCCUUCUUGGUGGCCAGCUUACGACGACUGGCCCAAGAAGAACCUUCACAUCACAGGCAACUGGAAGAUCCCGAAGGAGGUGCAGGAGGAAGCCGCUCUGAAGGGCGGCACGCUCUUCGAUGCCGGCGGCCAGCAUCAGGUUUGCACUGAUUUCAUCAACGGAGGGGAGAAGCCCGUGUAUAUCGGCUGGGGAUCCAUGAUGGUCUACUCCAAGGAACACAUGGCUCGCCUGGCGGUUGGAGCUCUGAAGGAGGCAGGAAAGCGGGGCAUCAUCGUUGGAGGCUGGGCCGAGCUCUCCGAGGAGUCCUUGGGUGGCGAUGAGCAUGAAGAGCUGAAGGCGUUCAGCCGCAACAACGUGUUGUUCCUCAAGUCUGCUCCGCAUGAGUGGCUCUUCCCGCAAAUGGCGUGCUGCGUUCAUCACGGCGGAAUUGGCACCACACAGGCAUCCCUUAGCGCCGGAGUGCCAACGGUUGUCACCCCGGUCUUUUCGGACCAGAAAGACAUCGGGGAGAAGAUGAACCGGGAUAAGACUGGCGCAGGCACUUGCCACCUUUCGCAGCUCACAGCCAAGGAGCUGGGCGCGCGGAUCAAGAAGUGCUGCGAAGAUCCCACGAUCUUGUCAAACUGCACAAAGCUUGCAGAGAAGAUGCAGAAGGAGGACGGUGUCAAGACAACUGUGGAGUUCGUGGAGGGGUACAUGAAGGAGCAGGUUGCAUCCGGCGAGUGGAAGAAGAAGCGCGACGCCUUGAUAGAUAGGCUACAGAAGGCGCAUCAGAAGUUCAAGAAGCUCUCAGAUCCUGCUCAGAUCUUCGCGAAGUGGAACAUGGACCUGGCAGAAAAGUACCCGCCCAUGGCAGCAUACAUGCAGGACCAGGUGGAGAGAUACGGCAAGAUGACAGACGUUUUGUCCAAGAAGAAGCUGUGGUAUGUGAAGUCCUCUAGCGGCUGCCUUGCGAGAAAGGGGGAGGCCUUGAAGUCAGAUGAAUGUGGGCGGUACAAGGAGUACGCCGUUCUGGAGGAGGUGGGAGCCAGCAAAAAUGGAAGCAGACUUCAUGUUCGGCGCUUGAAGGGAAUAGGUCCAGAGGAAGGCUGGGUGUCACCUGUGGUGUCUGGCAAAGACAUCGUGGUGAAGGUGGCUUCGGCGCCCGAGAUCCAGAAAAUUACGUUUGAUGCGAUACAGAAGCAGUUUGCCGAUAUUGUUGGCAAGCCAAGCUGAGCAAAAAGACUUGCUGAAGGCAUGGCAGACUUCCAGCUGAGAGGGGGAGAGAGAGAGAGGCGUUUCACCGUAGGCCAGCAAAAUCAAUAAUGCGCACGUAUGUCAAACUGGUAGAAAAACAUGUAGCAGUAGCAGUCGCAGGCAACCAGCUGCGCUGGUGUGGGCAGCGGGCCGCACCCACCUUCCCACCCCA